AUGAAUUAUAAACUCAGACUCUCUCAGUUCGAAUCUAUACUGAGCACCAAGAACCUAUCCCAAGAUCCCACGAUAGAUCUGUACAAAUUCCGACAUCUAUGCUUUCGAGGCAUUCCCGAUAAACCUGGCAUCAGGCAGAAAAGUUGGAAGAUAUUAUUGGGCUACUUACCACCGGACAAAAGAAAAUGGGAAAAAGUUCUGACCGAGCAAAGAACAACCUAUUAUAGUUUCGUCAGGGAUUUGCUGGCAGAUCCGAGCGAAGAGGAAUUGAAGAAUCCACAUAACACCGAAGAUCACGUAAUUAUCGUUCAUUAUAUAAUUGUCAUUGAUAAUCCUUUAAAUUCUGCACCAAAUUCCAAGUGGGCCGAAUAUUUCGCCGACAACAUAAUAUUAGAACAAAUUGACAAGGAUGUCAGGCGAACGUUACCAGACUUUGCAUUCUUCCAACUGCCCGUCCCUCAUAGUCCCUUAAGUCCUCUGAGUCCAAAACUCGCGGCCCAAGAAAUUUGUCGGAUAAACGGUACGAGGUCACCAUCUAUAAUGGACGCUUUGGAUGGCUCAAACGACGAUGACAAUAGCUGCAGUAAUUCCAUAUUAACGAAUCCUGAACUUGAAUCGGAUGUUGCGGCCAUGGAGUCGACGAUGCCUCAUCUGAAUUCGAUUGGCAAGAACAAAUUCUCAACCGCGGGUCCGAAACCUUUACCAAUUGACGUUUCCGAACUCUUGUACAACACGGUCACUCCAAUUCCCACCCGUAGGUCAAUUUUUAAGCGCGUCCAACAUUUAAAUAAAGAAUUUGGCGCGCGAAGGUCGUCGUCGCCAUCCCCGAGUUACAAGUCGGAUGGUUCACGUGAUGAUGACUACGAAGUUGAUUUGCACUGGGAGGCCAUUGAGAGAAUCUUGUUUAUUUAUGCUAAAUUGAAUCCAGGCGUAGGAUACGUCCAAGGGAUGAAUGAAAUUCUUGGCCCCAUCUAUUACACGAUGGCCAAUGACAGUGAUGAAGUAGGAAAAGCACACGCCGAAGCAGACUCGUUCUUCGUGUUCACAUUAAUGAUGUCUCACAUACGAGAUCACUUUGUGAGGAGUUUAGACAUGGACGACAAGACUGGCAUUGGGCACACCAUGAUGAAAAUGAAUCGACGUCUAAGAACCUUUGAGCCCGAAUUAUGGGCAGACCUGGAAAGAAAAUCGCUGCAUCCGACCUAUUAUUCAUUUCGAUGGUUGACCGUUAUGUUGUCCCAGGAAUUUGCACUGCCAGAUGUUAUCCGUCUGUGGGAUUCCAUACUGGCCGAUCACGACGACGAAGAAACCACGGGUGGAUUCGAAUUCUUACUGGAUUUCUCCUGUGCAAUGCUAAUAUGUGUGAAAGAUCAGUUGCUUCGAGGAUCCUUUGCCGACAACAUCAAACUGUUACAGAACUAUCCGAUACAAGACCCGGCCAUUGUCCUAUCAAAGGCCUACGCUUUGCGUGAGAAACGUCUCCUCGCCAAAAUGUACGGCGAAGACAUAGACGCUUCAUCGGAAUCCGGCGAUGAUGAUGAUUAUUACCCACCAACCACCAACGGUAACGUAUAUUACGAAUCCUCGACGCCGUCGGCGAUUCAGCGAGCAAACGACGUGAAGAUCAAAGGAUUGGCAAUGCUAAAGAAGGUGCAAGGAGUUGUGAAUAAUAAACCGAUAAACGGUAUUCAUUCAAAUGGAAUCGGAUUCUCAAGUUCACAAAACAUCGGUAACACUGUUGGUAUCGGUGGAAUGAGUGGAUUUGCGAUGCGAUUCUCGAAUGUCUGGAGAAAAAAUAUUAUCGCUUCGUCUUCGUAA